AUGUCCCUGGCGGGUGCUCUCUCAGACAAGCCAUGGUGGAGCGUGCCUGAAAACUUUCUGCAGCCACUGGAAUUUUGCAUGGACAAGGACACGGAAGAGCAAAUCUUUGGCACAGGCUCUUCAGACACACUCCUUCGCCGAACUGAGGAGCACAGCGGCACCCUUAUCCAUCUAGAACCCUGGUUCACAGCCUCGGGUCAAACUUGUGUGAUAAUAGUAGGACCAAUCCCAGCGAGGAGAUGGCUGCUGAAAAUGAUCCAAUGUUUAGAAAGCUUAGAUUCUGAAAUUCGGGCCCAAGGUUUCUAUAUGCUGCUUCGAGUCCGGAGCCACCCACUGACUGAAGACAACCUGUAUUCACUUCCUGGCCGACUGUCUCUUUCCUCAGAAAUGGCAUUGGCUGGCAAAACAGGGAGUUUCUCCUACCUUGGAAUUAUCUAA